UGUGCAUGUGGAGAUUCAUCUUGUUUUUGAUCUCUGCACAGGAUGUGUUUGGGGCGAGUUCAGAUGCAGACAAUACAAUAUCAGUGAUGGAGGGAGAUUCUGUCACUCUACACAUCAGUGUUUCUGCAAUAGAGAGAGAUGACCAGAUACUCUGGAGGUUUGGACAUGAAAACUCUCGUAUUGCUGAAAUCUACAAGCAGAACAUCCCAACAUAUGACAGUAAUGAGAUAUUCAAAGACAGACUGGAGAUGAAUAACCAAAGUGGGUCUCUUACCAUCAAAAACAUCAGAAUAAAACACUCUGGACUUUACAGAGUAACCUUCAUCAGUAAUGGAGGGACUUCAGACAAGAGGUUCAGAGUUACUGUUUAUGCUCAUCUGCCUAUUCCCAACAUCACCAGAAACUCUUCAAAAUAUUCAUCAUCAGAGUCCAGAUGUUCACUGGUGUGUUCAGUGUUGAAUGUGAGUGAUGUGACUCUCUCCUGGUACAAAGGAAUCGGUGUAUUGUCCAGCAUCAGUGCGUCUGAUCUCAGCAUCAGUCUCUCUCUACCUCUGGAGGUGGAAUAUCAGGAUAAAAACACUUACAGCUGUGUGAUCAACAAUACCAUCACACACCAGACCACACAUCUGGACAUCGGUGAACUCUGUCAACCAUAUCCAGACUCUGAACAGUGUUGUGGUUAUACUGAAGCUGUGAUCCGAUUGGUCGUCUCUGCUGUGGUGGGCGUGGCUACUGUUGUUCUAUUAGUUGACCACUUCAGAUCCAAUAGUGUUGGACAUAAACUGGGAGCAGAAAGGUCACCAUCAGUCCCUUAAUGACUUUUAAAUGUAUGAAGUUGUUUGAAUA